CAAUCUUGGUUCCAAGUUUCACUCGUUUCCUCUAAAGCGCAUUUAUCGCGUUGCCUCUCGCUUCACCUACACAACGAUUCUCAAAUCGAUUCGUCAAGAAUAAUCAAUCACAUAAGAUCAGAUCUCAGAUCUCUGAAGAAGGAAGAAGAUGGCGGUUUCUGCGCGUGAGGAGUUCGUGUACAUGGCCAAGCUCGCCGAGCAAGCGGAGAGGUACGAGGAAAUGGUAGAGUUCAUGGAGAAAGUCUCCGCCGCCGUCGACGGCGAUGAACUCACCGUCGAGGAGCGAAACCUCCUCUCCGUCGCUUACAAAAACGUGAUCGGCGCCCGCCGUGCCUCGUGGCGCAUCAUUUCGUCGAUCGAGCAGAAGGAAGAGAGCCGCGGCAACGACGACCACGUCACGGCGAUCCGCGAUUACAGAUCUAAGAUCGAGACGGAGCUCUCUGGAAUCUGCGACGGGAUCCUUAAGCUCCUCGAUUCGAGGCUUGUCCCUGCCGCUGCUUCUGGCGAUUCCAAGGUGUUUUACCUGAAGAUGAAAGGUGAUUACCACAGGUACUUGGCUGAGUUUAAGACUGGUCAGGAGAGGAAAGACGCCGCCGAAAACACUCUCUCCGCCUACAAAGCUGCUCAGGAUAUUGCGAAUGCAGAGCUCGCACCAACUCACCCAAUCCGUCUAGGUCUGGCAUUGAACUUCUCUGUGUUCUACUACGAGAUCCUUAACUCUCCUGAUCGUGCCUGCAGCCUCGCCAAACUGGCCUUUGAUGACGCGAUAGCAGAGUUGGACACUCUAGGUGAAGAGUCAUACAAAGACAGCACCUUGAUCAUGCAGCUUCUCCGUGACAACCUCACUCUCUGGACAUCCGACAUGCAGGAUGAUGCUGCGGAUGAGAUCAAGGAAGCAUCAGCUCCAAAACCAACAGAGGAACAGCAGUAACAAUCUUUUGAGUGAACUGCUAAGUUUCUAGGGGUUUGAAACUUUCUUCUCUUUCGUCCAUAUGUUUCUUAGGUCGUCGCUUGCUGAUUCGCUUAUCUCCAAGCUUUUUUAUUCAUUCAUCAUAACUCUGGCAAGUCUGAACUAUCAAUCAUCUUCUAUCUCAGUUGCUUGAUUUUCUUUUGUUUUUCCUUUUUUUUUUGUGGGUUAAUGAUUUCAGUGUCUGCCAUUGAACCUUGCUUUGUGUGUUUCUCAUCAAUUUGAAGAUACUUUGUAUGUCUCUUAUCUGGUAAAGCGAGUUACUUUCUGAAA